AGAGAGAGAGAGAGAGAGAGAGAGAGAGGAACAAGUAUAAGACAUGAAGUCACUCAGAAGGACAGAUCUGUAGCGCUCUAAUUAAACAGACCGUGGGCCUUGGAUUCCCAUUGACAACGUCACUUUUUCACUUCCUAAGUGGAUCAGUGUCACUGUCAUCCCAGAUGGAGUGAAGAUGAGAGGAGAGAGCAGAGUCAUGCUUCGUCCCAGACAGCAGGAGAGACGGAGCGGCCCGUUUCAGAAGGAGGAAGCGGUCAGGAGAGGCUAUGAUCAGCCACUGUUAUGGGCCGUGCAUGCUGGGAUAACAGACCAGCCAUUGAGUGGAUCUGGGGCUCUCUCUGUGGAGAAAAUCAUCUACCAUGCCAACUACAGGCCAAGAGAAAUGCACUACAACAUAGCGCUUGUAAAGAUUAAACUACCUCUGUCUUUCAAUGAUCAAGUAGCACCCAUCUGUUUGCCCAGUUAUGGCGAGAGCUUUGAGGAUGGACAGAUGUGUUUGAUCUCAGGCUGGGGAGCCACAGUGGAUGGUGGAGAGGCCAGUGUGUCCAUUCAUACCGCUCGGGUCCCGUUACUGUCCAGCAGAGUCUGCUGCGGACUGGGUCUGACUCCCUGGAACAUCUGUGCAGGAUUCUCAGAGGGUGGUGCUGGGACAUGUCAGGUACAGCAUCUGUGUAUUAUCAUCACAAAGAGCUACAACAGUCAUUAUUCAAAUAGCCAAUCUUUAGUUGAACCCCUAGUUUUCUGUCUGCAGGGGGACAACGGAGGGCCGCUGGCCUGUCAGGGGUCCGGGUGGACAUUGGUGGGGGCAGCCAGCUGGGCAGAGAGCUGUGGACAAAAAAACAAACCAGGGAUUUACACCAGCACAAGUAAAGCUUUCGCAUGGAUUCAGCAACAAAUGGAGAAAGAAGAGCAACAGCAACACUGAGCAUCUCGUGGUGGAUGAGCUUCUGCUGGACUGCAUGCACAUACUUCCAGACCUAAAAACGAAAAUACCUUAUCCAACAUGACUUAUGAAGGGGAAAUCAUGUUAUCAAUCCUUAUAUAAUUUUGGGUGCAAUUCAUAUCAGGAAAAACAAAGCUCUUUCUCAAAGAAAUAUUGGUUUCAGUUUAAAUAUUUUUCAACAGUGUAACUUGUCUGCUAGUUGCCAAGUUUGAUCAUUAAACACCAAUUUGAUAGUACAGAUAAAAAGAUGUUUUCAUCUUUUAUCAUGUCACUGGAGAUCAAAUAUAGAGAAAAAAAAAAACCCACUCAAUUCAAAAAGUGGACAUUGUACAAACUAUAAUUCAAGGGACAUAAAGGCAAAAUUAAGGUUUAUGAAAUGUGGUGAGAUCAAAUAGAAAAUAUGAGAUUAUACUAUGCAUUCUAAGAAAAUAGAUUAAAAAAAGAGAGAAAGAUCAUCAAUGGACAUGAAAUGUAGACUAAAUUAUAGAAUGACCCAAAUGUAUAAAUAGAAUUCCUGUUGAUUCUAUUGACCAAGACAAAAGAACAGAUCUUUAAGAAAUUUACAUUUAUUUGUAAAAUAGAUCUAUUUACUGUACAUUAUUUACUUGUGCUCAAUUAUUUAUCAUUUAUGUAUUUAUGUCCAAACUUUUAAGUGCAUAUAUUUUUGUAAGUCCAAAUGUAUACACACUUAACUUGUGAUGCAUUCGUUAUCAUUCAUUAAAUUAUUGUCAUUAAGAGAUUUACCAUAUUAAAGUCUAUUUUGCUCCUC